AGUUUACUUUAGGAAGAUAGGGAUGUCUAGUUUCUGCUGAUGACCGUCCGCGGACCUUUUCGAGGUGACCCAGCUAGUCAUCCUGGGUACUUAGGUUCAGAAGUAUGGGUUGAAACCUUCCUGCCCUUUGUUAAAGUUCUGUCCAUCUUUUCAAAUGUAUUGUGUCGUUUUUAUUUUGCUUUUUAUUUUUAAUUCCUUGAAAGAGGGAGAAUUAUACUUCUGAAGGCAUUUCCUCUGGGGAGUACAACCUCUAGUUUGUUUCCAAAGACCUAACAGGUUGAGUUCAUCAUUGUGGUGGGUAGCCACCACUUUGUAAAUUAUUUUCUUAAUAUAAAAUUACAGAGGACCUUUACAACCAUUCGAAAAACGCGUUGCUCCGUGCAACAGUCAUGGACCCUAUGGCGUGAAAAUAUUCCAGGAAUCUAGAUCUUAAUUAAAAAGUAUUAGACAGACUAAUUCAUAAACGGUGAGUAGGACAAAGACAGCUAAUAAAGUUAUACUGCAGUCAUAGGUACAACAAUAUAGCAAGAUUUUAAUUAAACAUCACAAUAUGAAAUCAAAUGCUCCUACUUUCUCAUUAAAAUAUUAUUUAGCCAAGUAACUCGGAGAAAGCUAUCAGUUCACGUUGAUUUUUGCACGUUUCGGUGGCAUUCCAAAAUUUUUAUGCAAAAUAUCUUGAAAAUAAAAGAUGGCUACAAAUCAUGACCUUAAAGUUGUUGAGAAAGUGAAAGGAGGUUUGUAUUGUGUUAUUUGUCAGAUACUGAUAAAAGAUGAUAUGCAGUUAGGUUGCGAUCAUGGUCUAUGUAAAAGCUGUUUGGAUGACUUAAAGAAGAUCAGCGAAAAAAGUGGUUUCGGAUUUGUCUGCCCGAGAUGUCGUUUUGAAAUAUUCCAAACACAGGGACAACCGUCAAUAAUGAUAGAUUGGAUGCUUUCAUCUGUGACAGCUAAAUAUAAGAAUACCGCAAAAGGAUGUGAGUGGACUGGUGAGCUUUGCAAGAUGAUGGACCAUCUUGUCAAAGAAUGCAAUUUUCAUCUCGUUACUUCCUCCUUUACACACUGCGAGGAAAAUGUUGAAAGAUAUGUUCUUGCAGAACAUCAGGUGGAAUGUCCUUAUAAAUCUAUAACAUGCAGAUAUUGCAGAUGGGUAUGUUGCCAAUCACAAAUCCAGGAUCAUUAUAGUACAUGUGAUAAAUACCCUGUGAAAUGCCCAUACAACUGCUCAGAUGAGUUUAUUGAGAGAGAAAAGGUGGAGGAGCAUUGCAAUACCUGUGGUAAAGAGAUUAUCCAAUGUGAAUUUGUAUCUUAUGGAUGCGAUUUCACGUGUCCUAGAGAGAAUAUGUCGGUGCAUAAUCAAGAUGCUUCUCGUCAUUUAUCUUUAACUGUGAAAAAAUAUCAUGUAGAUAUGCAAGAAAUGAAAGAGGAAAUAGAUAAAUUACACAGUCAAGCUGUUAUCAGGGAAAAUUCUGAAAUAGACUUUUACCAGGAAAAAGUUUCUGAAUUGGUAAAACAAAAGGAAAAUAGCAAUUCAGUUAACUUCAAGAAGCUUUUCGAACCUUCUAUAAUCAAAUAUCAAAUACACUUCGGAUAUUUUGUAAAGGGAGUGCCAUGGUUAAUAACGAAAUUGGAAGAAGUAUGCGAGGGGAAAGAUCAUACUUGUAAAGCUGUGUACGAAGCAAUUCUAAAGGAAUACAUUAAGAUGUUAAAAGGAUCUAUCACAGAUCUGAAGAAAGAAGUUCACCUUCCUAAUAAUGUUUGGGAAAAAAUUGAAAACAAUAUUGAAAAGGAGUUACCAAAACAACUGGCAAUCAAAGGCAAGGAUUUCAUUAAAACGUCCUUAUCAUUGAAAAACCGCUUACACAAUUUUGUUGAGCGGUUAAAGCCAAAUACCAUGUAUCAAAUUGAAGGAAACCGAUUUUAUAAACUUUAUAACACUAAUUACGCUUUGGCCAGACUUUUUAGCAUAACUUCGCAGCAAGGUUGCAGUGUGUUUGGAGAUGAAUUUCUUGAUUGUUCAGUGACAUACUACAACUUUUGUCUCACUUUGAAAACAAGAGAAAAGUUUUGUUGUGUGAUUUAUACAGAUGCAAAUUCCGAAGAAGGACAUAAAAUUGAGAUUGAUGGUACUCAAUUAUCCUUUGAAACAGCAAAAUAUUAUUUUUCAUCAUAUUAUAGAAAGUAUUACAUUAUUGUAAGGUUCAGUAACAGAACCAUUUAACAACAAGAAGAUAACACGUAUGUGAGUAACAACACACAACCGACUUAACACAACUUUCUUCAGCGUGAAAAAAAAUUUUCAAUUCAAUUUUUUUUUAAGGAUUUUUCUAUAUUAAUAGUUGUAUUUUGUAAACCGCAAACAGUAGUGAUUUAUUUAAAGGUAAAUACCGUGUAUCAAGUGGAAGAUAGCUGAUUUUAUAAAAUUAGUCCAUAGGAUCCAUGAAAUGAUUCAGUGUCUCCUAAACUUUUUACGGAUAAAAUUCUUUCUUGUUUGGCAGGAAGUCACAAUUCUCUAUUCUUAUUCUCUUUUAACCAUAGGAAAAUAUUUUCUGUGUAGUUUGUAAAGGGAACAUAAUUGUCAUUCAAGGGCUUACAUGACUGUGACAUAAUCAGAAAAUAGCUAGUAGUACAGAAGGCCGAAAAAACACACCAUUUUUUUUUCAGAGUCUAUUUCUCUAGUUAAUAGUUUUAACUCGUCAACCACAACAUAAAGGUACCGCGAGCACUAGUGAUUUUUUUGUUUUAACAUUUAAAAUGAAGGUUUGUAUUUUUUCUUAAAGGGGAUACGAACCGGUUAAAAUGCUCACAAUUCCGUAUAUCCCGCGCACAUAUUAAAAAUUCGGCAAACGCGCUUUGCGCAAUGAACAGAUCAGCGCACUUUGCUCGCUGGUUCAGUAUUUUUUUUCAAAAAGUAUAUUACAAAGAAAUAUUUCAGCGAGACUCAUUCUCGAUGAAAACAUGACCAAAGCUGGAGAAGAUAAAAAGUCUAGAUAUAUCUAUAUGUUCGAGUUUCUAAAUUACCUACAUGCCGUAAAAAUAGCCAUUUUGUUUUUCGCCGCCAUCAGCUUGACUUUAGUGUAAGUCACUAGUCGAAAACCAACAGUCGUUCCUUAGCCCCUUUAACAAAAUUUAAACAAAAAUCGCUUGGAAAAGUUGUACAAGUUCAGAAUUUUAACGGUUUGAGAUUUUCGCAUAACACAUAAAUUUUAUUUACUAGUUGUCAGAAAUGUAUUUUUCUCGUUUUUGUUUUUGUUUUUUUUAAUACGUAACUUUGCGCGAUCUUUUAUCACUUUUUUCAAAGUCACUAAUAGAGUUUUUUAAUUUUAUUUGUUUCCUUCUUAGUUUCACAGUGUUUCAAUAGCUUCGCCAACCGGUUUGUAUCAAAAAAACCCUGGUUAAACAAGCCAACAAUUCUAUAUUCGGAUUCAUCACACAAGAAUUGGGUUUUCGUAUUAGGCAGUUAAUAAGUAUUAUACUUUUGUAAAAAAAUUUUAUUAUCGUUUUGGGUUUCGCAGCAUGUCUUUGUCAAGUUACUGUUUGCUAAGUGAUCACACGAGCGAAAGAGAAGUCUGAUUAUGUACGAAUUUUUUGUUUUUUUGUAAUUAAUAUUUGUAGUUUUGAAUGUAUUAUAAGUGACAAGAGGUAAUAAACUUAGAUUGGGAA